UCAAGUCACCUACUCUCCUCUCUACUCAAGAACAACCUCAACAACCAGCACCAUGUGUGGCUACUACGGAAACUACUAUGGUGGCAGAGGCUAUGGCUGCUGUGGCUAUGGAGGCCUGGGCUAUGGCUAUGGAGGCCUGGGCUGUGGCUAUGGCUCCUACUAUGGCUGUGGCUACCGUGGANUGGGCUGUGGCUAUGGCUAUGGCUGUGGCUAUGGCUCAGGCUCUCUCUAUGGCUGUGGCUAUGGAUGCGGUUCUGGCUAUGGAUCUGGAUUUGGCUACUACUAUUGAAGACACCAUGAGAUACUCUUACCGGCUCCAGUUGUGAUUCUAGGACUGCCCAAUUCUCAACCCCAUUCUUUCUGAACCUUAGACUUGGAUGAAGAUGAUUCUUCAGUGAAAUGAAGUCCAUCAUAGACUUCUGCUCACCUGUAUGAAGUUGACUCAUCCCUUAGACUUUCCUUCUCAAGAGAAAUAGAGCGAAAUUCAGGUGCAAACUCAUAGCUCUGCCAUCAUCACAGCGAUGGCAAUGAAGCAAAAGCCUUAUUGACCUUCAUGAUGGAAUCUGUUGUUCUAAUAAACUUGUUUAAUC